UUCAAGUUUGUUCCGGUGGCUGAAGCAAAUGUACAUCAAGCGCUCGAAUAUCGUAAUCUUCAAGUAGCAAAAGUUGUAAGCAUUAACAAGAAUGAAGCAUGGUAUGGCAGUGCUCAUCUUAACGAAGGAACUGCUGAAGGCAUCGACUACCAAGGAUUUCACAUUAAACUCUCAUAUGGUGAUGAUCCAUACUUCUUCAGCAAUUACGUCUUCAUCCUGAUGGCAGUCCCACGUGUGGCAAGAGAUUACCCAUCACCGUACUUCGAUUCCGAUAAUACUGAUGAAGAAAAACACCGAAGGUAUCCCAUUUUUAGUUGUAUGUUCCUUAUCCGCUUUGGUACCUUGGUAAAAGUAACGUACUGCGUGUAA